GGCUUCACUGGUGACUGGCACCUGUUCGACGUCGCAUGCGCCGGGUCCAGGGGCGGCGUGGCCAUCGAGGGCAAUGGUGCCAUGUUCAGCGCGGCCGCCGAAUCGCAGCCGCGCAUCCUGGCCACCUGGGGCGUCGAGGCGGGCAUCGGGAUGCAGCUGGCGCAGCCCCAGAGCGCAGGCAACGUGCGCGCGCUGUCCGAGGGCCUUGGGUUUCGCCCAGCGUUGCUGUGUGAGGCCUCUGUGUCCAACGAGACCGCCGAUUAUGGCCGGGACCGGAUGGCAGCCGACGCCGCCCUCGAGGCCAGGGCCUGA